GUCAAUAGGUGCCGUGUGAAAAGCUUUGAAUAUGAAAGAAAAUGAAAGCGUAUCAAAAUGACUAGAGCACAGCAAAAGUCGAUUGCUAUGAAAGGCCAAACCUUUUUAUCUAUUUUCAUUAGACUACUUUUAUAGCACUCUCGUGGUUUGGCUACAAGGGAAGCAAACUACUUUUAGUUUAUAGUAGAACUCAAAAUGUACUCACUUGGGUAUAAUAUUCCAAAGGCUGUUUGGUUGGAAACUUGCUCUUUUAUUAUCAUUUUAUGUUGCUUCUACAAGGCAGUCUCGACACUAGAGUUGGCAGCCAUUAAAAAAUGUGACGAUGACGGCACUCUCGUUGUUGGUUCUGGCCAGACGCUGCUCGUUUGUUGUGAGUUAAGGCCAAGCGAGUGUCGGAAGAUGGUCCCCAGUGAUAGCCUCUUCUUAAGUCACUUGAACCAGUCGUUACAUCUGAGCAAUAAGACCAGUGGUCAGUGCAGAGUCCAGCUGAGGGUAGCCAGCGUGUCACAAGAACACAGGGGGAAGCUUGUGUGCGCUAAGAAUAAUUCGACAAUUAUGAGGAGAGAGCUGAAUCUUCUAGCUCCACCUAACAUCACAUAUCUAUCCAGUUCAGAGAAAGGCGACAUUAUUAUCAAGUUCACAAAUUUGACGAAUGGUUUUCUCUACGAUGUGCUUCUGGAAGCCAGAAAAUUGGUAACAGUAUUGUGCUCACUGAACUGUUCCUCUGACCUCGAUUGCACCUGUCGUUACACAAACAAAAAGAAUGACAUCAUUUCCGAUCAAAAUCUAACCAUCAAGAUCAACGUGUUCAAAUCACGUGACCAGCCCUUGACGACUAUCACUUUGCCUGAAAAAAUCAACUUGGUUCAUUUCGUUCGUCCAAUGAAGGUUGAAAAUCUUAAAGUGUGGAACUUAACAUCAAGUGAAGCUGUCGUCCAGUUUCAAAUUCCCAAAGAAACAAAUGUCGUGAAAAAUUAUUUGAAAGGCAAACAUAUUUCAUUCUUCUAUCAAGUUUUACUUGAGAAAACGAAAGGAACUCUUCAAUCUCUAAAGUUACAAUUCCCAGAAAUAACUCAGUUGACAAGUCUUGAAAGUGUGACAUUGAGAUUUAAGAAUCUGACGUCAUUCACCAGGUACACUUUGUCUGUGCGUGGACUUAGCAAAGGAGGAGAAGGCGAUGCUAAUAGUUUGACUUUCACCACAUACAAAUCAGUUCCACUUAAGAAGCCUGAAAUCGAUGCAUAUGGUUUCACAAGGUUUGCAAGAAUCGAUGGAUCCAAUUGUUUGUUUCUAAUUUGGAAGCCUUUACCUGAUGACUACAUUGGUGGUGUAACUUUAUCCUAUAAUGUAGAGUUAUUGGCUGAAGAUCUUCAACAUAAAACGAGCACUACAUUAACAUAUCUGAAGACAUGUCCUGUAAGUAGAAGCAAUAUUACAGCUUACAUUCAACCAGUAAAUGAAGUUGGCCCUUCUCUAGAACGUGCAAUGUUUUCUUUACCCGAGACAUCUCUUCACAAAGCCACACUGUACAUAGAGUACAACGAGGACUCGGAUCUUGUUACAGCGUUGGUUGAGGUGUCAUCAUUGAGUGAGGUUCAAGAUGUGGCAUUACAUUGGUGUGUGACACAAAGAGAUGUAUCACCUGAAGACUUUUGUACAGUUUAUCCUGAGACAGAAAUAUUUAGCAAUGUAACAUUUAGAAACCAGAAAUACUUGACCUUUAACCUGACUACUAGCAGGAAGGAAAAAGUGGUCAGUACAUCACAUGAUGUACCAGUGGAAUAUGCUUUGAAUGGUGAUCUCAACCAGUCAAACUUUACUAUUGGAAAACUCAGCAUCAUAAAUUUGUAUGGUCAAAGUAGGCGAGAAAUCACCACACCUGGCCAGGACAUACCUAACACCAUCACACAUCUAACUGGUCAAAACUUACCAGAGAAGAGUGAUCUUAUAUUUUUAUUCUCAUUCAAGAAAAACAUGGACUGGAUGGGAAUGUCUCCUGCUGAAUGCUAUUUUACUGCAUUCACAAGGGAUGUCCAGUUGUCCAUCAAGACAGAGGUGACUUCUGACUCUAAAGUUACUGUUCAACUGAAACAGAUGUGUGGCAGAGAGAAACAGUUUUUAGCCAGAUAUUUUCAGCUUUAUUGGUCUGUCAAUGAGGACUGCAAGAGUAACAGUUCCCAAACUUCUCUUGUGGAGAGUUUCAUAUUUGAAGCCGCCACUGUACAACUUCCUCUUGGUUCAAACUUUCUUUGUGUUGUUGCCGUUGGUGUUAAUGGAAUCAGAUCAAAGCCAUUCAGUUCAAACAUUGCGGCAAGCUCAGGUAGCCAAGGGAGUGAAUUCAUGAUUGUUUUAGUUGUAGCGCCUUUUUUUUUUGUUAUUGUUGCUUUUUGCUUCUUGAGCAUUUUCUUCACGAAAUGUCGGAACCGAAGAGGAUUUUUUAAAGAAUUGACCAAUGCUCUGGAGGUUAAUGCCGAAACUGGUCGGGAAAGUUAUAAAAAGGACAUGAAUUUACGCUCAAGUGCUGAAGUAAGGAGUGACAGUAGUGCAGUGACUAGUUGCAGUUUCAACAAUGACCGCGCUAAUGAUUCAAGUGUCGAAAGGCAACCUGAGUCUCGUCUACUUUUACAUGAUGGCUUCAGUUCAUCAGAUUCCAAUGAUUCAAGUGUCCAAAGGCAACCCGAGUCUCGUUUACUUUUACAUGAUGGCUUCAGUUCAUCAGAUUCCAAUGAUUCAAGUGUCCAAAGGCAACCUGAGUCUUGUUUACAUUUACAUGAUGGCUUCAGUUCAUCAGAUUCCAAUGAUUCAAGUGUCCAAAGGCAACCUGAGUCUCGUCUACUUUUACAUGAUGGCUUCAGUUCAUCAGAUUCAAAUUAUUAUUCUCGAUUGAAUUGUUCCAAACUUUCUAGUGAAAGCAGAGAUUCUAAUUCUAGCAAUACAACCAACUGUAUAGUUGAUAAUACAUCCAGCGGGACUGAGUUUUCAAGCAAAUGUGAAAUUGAUAAGUUGUCAUCAAGUAGAAGUAGGUUAAACUCAUUGAACUCUACAGAUGCUAGUUGUAGGUCAAUCAACAAGUCGCCAACUAGGGACAAUGAUGAUCAUUAUCGGCCCCAAGGACUAACAUUUAACCAUUCAAGUUCAGAUAGUGUUUACAAUAAUGACAUGGACAUAUAACUUUUUUACAUGAAAAAUCAAGGCAGCUGCUUUGUCUUCCCCUAGAUGGAAAGUUUUGGUAGCAAGCUUAUCUUCUUAUAUAAUACAGACGUUACUUCAAAAAAGAAGAUGAUUACGUCCUAUGCGUCAUGCUGAGAAGACACUGUUGGUUUGUUUGAUAUGUUGCAGGCCUUCAUGUGUUUUGUGCUCUGGACUAUCAUCUCAAUGGUCCCGGGUUAGAACCCCACUGGCAGCCAUCAUGCAGGAAAUUUGGCCUAGGAUGUAAUAAUCUAUAGGAUCAUCCAAAACAUAUAACAAAACAAAUAUAAAGUAUUCCCCUUGUAUUAUAAUUUAAUUUUGUGAUACCUUUGGGGGUUCAUUGAAGUCAUUCAUGAACUUGGCUUACAAUAUCUUAUCUUAUCUUAUACAAUACAGAUAUUACUUCAAAAAAGAUGAUUACAUCCUACUCGUCAUGCAUGUUAUCCGACUUAAAUUCUGCCAAGUCACUGGUUUUCCUGGCUAGCUUAGGCAACCCAUUUCAUGCUCUAAUAGCACUAGGGAAGAAGGAGCGUUUCUACAAAUUUGUCCUAGCAUAUGGGAUGAGGAAUGUGCCUUUAUCUUUGUGUCUUUCUGAGUAUUUUAUUAAAUUUUGUUUUUUGUUGAUGUUA